AUGGGAGGGAGACGCGGAUUUGCUUUCGCCUCGCUCGCUGCUCUCGUCGCCGGGCUACGCUUCCCGAGCACCCGCGCCCCCCGCCCGCGCCUCGACGCAUCUCGCAGCGAGGAGCCGACGGACGGCAGCAAGACGGCGCUCUUCGAGUCGCCUCAGUGGCCGGCACUGCUCUCGUCUCUGAACCGGCUGCCAUCCUUCACCGUCGCCAACGAGCGCGGCCAGCCGCUAGAGUACGAGGCGCCCGGCGGGACACCGCUCGCGAUGUUCUAUGCGGACGUGCAGGCGGCGCAGGCGGAGCUCGUCGACGCGCGGAAGAUGUAUCCGGAGCUGGACUGUGGCGUGAUCCCCGUCGGAGUCGGCACGGCCUUCCGGCUCGCCUCGGAGGGCAAGGCGCUUCUGAGUGAAUAUGAGAGGCCCCCUCCCUCCACAGAGAUGGCAGCGGGCAGCUCGCCCGUCGGGCAGCAGCUGCCGCUCUUUGGCUGCCUCGAGAUCUCCCGUGACGGCGGGCCGGGCAGGGGUCCGAUCCUCCCUCUCUUCAUGAGCCGCUCCGACGCGCUGGCGGCGGUGCGGGCCGGCGCGGCCGACGACCUCGACGUGAUGUGCCUCUCGCUGGACCGCGCCGUGGAGUUGCUGCUCACCGUCGAGGGGACCGGGUUCGAGUUUGUUCCGCCGUCGGCCUCGCUCGACUUUAUCGAUGCGACCAUCCGCAGCGAGGGGUGGGGCAACUCUCACGCGCCCUCCUCCGCGUCCGCCGCCGGCGACGCGUGA